GUAUAUCGUGAAAUUUGGUAAAACCCAUCAGUACAGUAUAGGUAAUUUACACAGUGAUGACGCCUCAGUUGCAAGUAAAUAUAUACUCACACAUAUAUAGGUAAAAAGUAAAAAUAUACUUAUACGCCAUAUAGUGCGUAGCAGUUUAUUUAUUCAAGGAUAUUUCCCAAAAAAAUACAUUUAAUUUAUAAAAUAUUGAACAUUAAUAAAAUAAUCGCAGAAUAAAAAAAUCAAAUAAAAAUGACAGCUGCUAAAUUGUAUCAGAGCAAAAGCAAACCUGAAGAUGAAUCUCCAUUAUUAAAAAAUCAGAAAUAUCGUAAACAAGUAUUUGACUCGAUAAAUUCUAUAAAGUUUUUUGAAAACUAUCCGUCACUAAACAGUUGGUUGAUUAGUUUGUUGUAUUUCAUAUUAAUUUUGGCUUUACUAUUCUUACUGACACCACCCGCGUUAGUUUUACUUUCAAUAUUUGUAUCAUUAUUCUUGGUAAGCAUUGUCGCUGCCAGGGGAUCAUUACUAUCAAUGACUUCACAGAUGGAACUCAAUGUCUCAAGCUCUUGUAUUGUUAAUACAGUUGACAAUUAUUAUUAUCACCAUCUAGAGGAGAAAAACUUCACCAUUAUACAGUCAGAAAAUGAAAGAAUCAUGUGGAUUUGGUGUAUUAUAAUUGCAUAUACAAUACCAGAAUUAAUCAAUUCAAUGUUAUGUUUUCACAAGUCCAAAAAUAAGCCAUCAGUUAAACAAUUCUUGUCAGUCGUCAUACCAGAAACGUUGUACGCAGUGGGAAUAGCUUUAAUGGUCUUUUUUGUUUUACCAAAAUUGAAUUUAAACUCUUUUGUUUUGUUUCUUAUUUGGUGUAUUUUUGAAUGGGGAUUACAUACAAUGAUAUCAACGAUUUAUGGAAUUAAGAAUCUGAAGUUUAAGAUUUUACUAGUUAUUAUUGAUAUUAUAGUAUUGGCAUGUUAUGUAACAUAUACAAUGUUUUAUUCCUUCGAUGGAGUGGAACGUAAUAACAGUACAUCAUGGAUUACGAUUUUAGCAUUGGCAUUAAUUCAUGGUGGAUUUUGGCAAGAUGUUCCUGAUUCUAAAUUCAGUUUUACUGGAUUUCUUUCGCCGUUCGUGAAAGCUCGGAAAAAUUUGGAACCCGUGAAACAUUAUACGUUUGCUUUAGUAUCAAUUUGGAAAAUAAUUGUUUUCAUUGCAAGUUCAUUAAUGAUACUCUCCUUUAAUGGUAUUGAGACUAAAAAAAUAUUUUCGAUGUUCGAAUCUGCAUUCAGUCAGCACAAUGUAACUAUAAUCCCCAAUAUUAAUGGAGAAGAAGACAGUCAAUCACCGUAUUACUCUUUUGUGUCAAUAAUUAUAACUAAAGGCUUAAAUUUUCCAAUUUUGGUUGUAUUCUUCCAAAUAUUCAUAUCUUCAGUAAUCUAUAUGAAACGUAACACGCUAUUUUUAAGUCUCUUCCAUGGAUUUGAUUUUCGAUCUCGCUGGGGAUUAAAUAUUCCAUGUUUAAUUUCUAUUGUAUUCUUUUGGUGGUCAGCAUUGAUGAAAAAGCACUAUUGUAACUUGGCUGAUGCACGAAGUGCUGAACUCGUGUAUUUCUUUGACCCUUUGAUAGAAAGACCUUCAUCUGAAAUCCUACGUAUUUUUUCGCUUAAUCCAACCGAAAACUGGGAAGCAAUUUUGCUGAAAUGUGCAAGUUGCUGGAUUAUGAUUUCGUUCUGGUUCCGGUCACGUUUCAGCUCAUUGUUUGAUAGCAUAAAACAAACGAAUCAAGAAAAUAAACCUUCUCAACCUGUCAAUGUUUAUCUGGUUACAAUUGAUGAAAAACCAGUCGACAUAAAAAAUCCUGGUUGUUAAAUAAGUAUAAAAUUUAAUCCACAAAAUCUUCAUUAAAUUUAAUAAUCAAUAAAUAUUUCAACAAUUUUUUUUUUUUUUUCAAUCAAGUUAAUUGAUCUAUAAUUUUCACUCAACAAUAAUUGUGAACAAUUCACAGUUUUUGAGGAAAAUUGAAAAAUAAAACUAGUUUUGUAAUUGAUAUUUUGAUACAUUAUUUUUAUAUCAUCUAUUGUAUUGAUUAUGAAAAAAAUGUUUUCAAAUCUAUAAAGUUUGUUGAAUCGCGAUAAAAUUUAUAAUAUAAUAAGCACAUUUUUUGUAUAUUUUUGUAUGAUACCUGUUGAUGUAUUGAUUACACGAAUGUAUUUAAGAGUGUGAGAAUUCGCCAGAUGAGGCACGGGGCACGGGUCUAUCAUACACUGUAUCGUAUCCGUGCCCUGUGCGUGUGAAAUAUCUACACGGGUGUAUUGUAUGCAUAGACUCGUGACCCGUGCCUCAUCGGGUGAAUUCUCACUUCUUGUAUUUAAUUAACUAUUCCAUAAUUAAACAUUUUCAAAUUACAAAAAUCAAA